ACACAGGACAGACGUUCUCGGACAUCGGGCGAGAGCGGGUGGCCGGUUGUGCACCUGCCGCCUCCGCUCCGCACGCGUACUACGCUACGAUAAUCACAAACAACAAUAGUCUGCGUAUUAAAGAAAAUUGUAUCAUACUGUUUUCGUGUCACAUAUUUCAAAUAACAAUUCAAAAACUCAUUUCGGACUAUAUUUGGGACAGUUUUGUAUCAAAAAUUUCCUUUUUUAGAGACAGUGGUGAAAAUUGACACACGUGAAAAUUUUCUUUUGAAAGUGUUAUAAUAAUAAUUAGAAGCAGAGCCGUGCCAAUAGAUGAGAUAAACUUUGAUGUGAUAAGACUUAUGAUUGGUCAAAACGGGUGGACAAAUAUUGGAAGUUGUGAACAUAAUCGUCGCAUCAUGAAAAGGAAAAAGUAAGAGUUGGUACAACUGAGUUUUCCGUACUGUCAACGGGAUGAAGAAAUUGAGAAGAAUGAUUACAAUUAUCAGUUUACGUGUUAUCCGUCGGACUUUAGUAGAGGAUUAGUAUGACACCUCGACCUUUACUAUCAAAAACGUUUUGAGAGUGGGACGAUAAGCCGCCGGACCGACGGCGGCAUAUGUGAAGUGCUAACAGGCAGAUAGCGAUAUAUUAAGAUAAAGAUUUUCUGACGAUAAAGCAGUUGUUGAAGAUCUAAAAAUAGGUGACCAAAUCAAGAUGAGAAUCAAAAUGCCAGCUGUACGCAUCGCGCAAGCGGAUGCGGACAGCGCGGCAGAAGGCGGCGGCUCGCCGACACCCGGCGUGCCAGCCGACACGCUGACAUGCGGCGCGUGUCGCAGAGCCUUCGCGCUGGCGGACAUCGUGCGGUUCAUACAGCACAAGGUGUCCUCCUGCGACAAGGACCUCACGUCCUACCACUGCUUCAGCGCCGGUCCAAAUUCAGACCAAGAAGAUGGAUCUAGACCUGGUCAAGUGGCGACCGGUAACUCCAGCGGUCGAAGGCCUUCGCUGCUAACAGCGCGGCGACCUCCCAGCAGCAGAGUGCAUACGCCGCCGAUGGUCAGCCCCUCAAUAGCACCACCUGACCUACUGGAAGAUGGCGGCGCUUCCAGUACACCGAAACGGCUAUUACAUGAAGCCGACCCUGGUGCAUCAACGCCUAAGAGACGAGCAUCAACAUCACCCAUGCCCUCAAGUUCCCCUGAUGAAGACAUCAAACCUAAAAUCAAACAAGAACACAUGGAUACCACAGGUUCACCUGAAGAUCACAAAAAGUCUAGAACUGAAGUUGCUGAUGCUGAAUCUAACACUAUGCAUAGUGAACCGAGCAACUACGUCUGCUCGACGUGCAAGGCGCGCGUCCACUCAGCAUGGAGACUGGUUCAGCAUGUGCAACACGUCCAUGGCGUGAAGAUCUACGUGGAGAGCAUGCCACAGCAACUGCCGAGCAAACAGAACCAUUCGACUUCCAGCACCUCUUCUUCGAGCUCUGGUUGCUCGUCUACUGGCGCGCCUCUCCCACCUCCGUCACUACGUCACCACCCUUUGUUACCGCCACCAGACAUGCAUUCCCCUUUUGGAGUUGGUGGUUUACUGCGGAUGCCGCUUCCGGGAAGUUUACCACCGCUAGCUCAUCCAUCCGUGCCCCCGACACCUUUAUUCGCCCGCCCAAACCAUCACGACCAUAGAUUUCGUAUGGAACAACUAGUUUCAGAACAGUUUCGUCACCACGGGCUGAAUUUAGCUGCAGCGGCGGCUGCGGUUGCAGCGAACUCCCUGCCCCCACAUCAAGCCUUUCCUUCCCCAGCGGAUAGGCCACCCGUGAUUCCUACUUCACUCACGGGUCGGGAAAGACAACCUCCCGUAUCUCAACCCCUUUCAUUAGAACCCCAGCUGGAUUUUUACUCGCAGCGCUUGCGGCAACUGGCCGGUACGACCAGUCCAGGGGCGGCCACAGGCAAUUCGAGCUCUCCUAGCCCCAGGAAGCAUUCGCCGCCGUUCGCUUCCCCGUCGCCCUCCCGAGUCGGUCAGACUCCACCGGCGGGCGCCGGACCCGGAACGGUGGACACCCCCCGAGAAGCUACUAAACCUCACAGUUCGAUAUCACCCGAACGUCGUAGCGAACCUCAGCCCGCUGAUGCACCUCCACCGGAAAGGCAGUCAGCGACACCACCUGCUAAAAGAAGUAAUGAUGAAGCAUGUCAUACUUGUGAAUUCUGUGGUAAGAAAUUCAGAUAUGAAAAUAGUCUAGUAGUUCAUCGACGCACACAUACCGGUGAAAAACGUUUCAAAUGUAAUCAAUGCGACGAAGCAUUUGAAAAGAAUUCAAAGUUAAAAAAGCAUUUGAAAAUCCAUCGAGGCGUCGAUGCAAAUACUGAAGAAGGUGAAUCUGGUGGCGAUACCGGAGAAGACGAUUCAGAGGAUGAACUAGAUGAUGAGGAAUUAGAUGAAGAAGAAGAAAAUGAGGAUGGAGAAGACGUUGAGGAAGCUGAAGAUUUGACAGUUUCAAAUAGUAGUGCACCUGCUCCACCUCGAAAACAAUCUUUACCAAUUCCAGCUCAUCCACCCUCUGCAUCUGUUGUUGGAGAGCUAAUGGACAAAUUUGGUUUAUCUAAUAUUGCUCAAUAUAGUGAAGCGUUUAAGCAAGCUCUUCAAGAGUCGGGAAACUCGCUUAAGUGGCAAUUAGCAAAAGAUCGUGACAAUAAUAACGGUCCUCCUCCUGAAAAACCUAACGGUAUGCCUCCUACAGCUGCAUUACGACUGAAGGAAGAAUUUGCUAAGAUGCCACCCCAACCACAUCCCCUAUUCAACCCCUUUGAAAAUCCAUUCGAAGCUUCUAAGCGUAUGAAACUGGAUAUGGAAAGGAACGAGGGAUGGUGGUUACCAACAUUACACGCACAACGCCCGCCCGAUAAUAUUUUUGACGGACUGAAAAAUAGUGGUAACGGUUUGCUUCAAAACCCUCUGUUGAAAUCAAAAGAAGGUCGUCGUAACGACACGUGUGAAUAUUGUGGUAAAGUAUUUAAGAACUGCUCAAACCUCACAGUGCAUCGGCGAUCUCACACCGGUGAGAAACCAUACAAAUGUGAACUAUGUUCCUACGCAUGUGCUCAGAGUUCCAAACUGACAAGGCAUAUGAAGACGCACGGUAGACUUGGCAAAGACGUAUACCGGUGCAGAUUCUGUGAGAUGCCUUUCUCAGUACCGUCGACUCUCGAGAAACAUAUGCGUAAGUGUGUUGUGAAUCAAAGUAAUGGUGCUCCACUUGCUUUAUCCGAUGACUCUAACGCGUGUCGAGAUGAGGCCUCGUGACUCUACCCAUGGGGUGGCCUUCGCCUGCCACCACCCACGCCGCUCAGUCAGAUCUUCUAGAUCUAAACUGUUCAAUCGUUUCGUCGCCAGUACAUCUAAUUUUUAAGUUUUCGUCGCAUAUCGAUCACGUCUGGGGUCGGCAUUUGUUCAAUUUCUAGUCUUAAGGAAUAAAUUGUGACGAAAUUAAUAUUUAAUAUAAUAAAUACCCAUUGCAAUAUGAGCCCAAAAAUCUUAGCAUUGAAGGGCAUUAAUUUAAAUGAUAGAUAUACAUUUAGCAACAUAUCUUUCGUAAGAGUGAGUGUUGAGAGUUCCCGUUGCAUUGUUGGUGUUAGUUCGUGAGAGUUUUUGGUUAUUUUCUUUGGAGGCUGUACUAUGAUCUUUACGUUACGUAUUAUCUAACUUGUUUUGUCAUGUUUUAUUGAUUGUAUAAAGGAAACCCAUGCCAAAGUUAGCUACGUUGAUUUAUCCAGUAGAACAUUUAGAGGGUAAGCUGUAUAGUGUCAAUUAAACCAGUUUUUUCAGUAUUUCUAAGAUCUUGUGUAGCAUUAUGUGUAUCUGGGUUGUAAGUUGUUUUCGUAAUUUUAGGAUAUUAUGUACAAUAUAAAUCAAAUGUUUCCUAUUCUAGUUAAAACUUGUAAAUACGAUCGCUGUAAGUGUAAAUCGAGUACCUACCUAUUGAUGUUCAUAUUUAUAGACAACAAUAAUUCGCAAAUUAUAAAUUACUUUUCGGCAAGAACGGUGAGUUUCCUGUAAUCGAUAACUUAGCAUUGUAGAAAGCAAAAUUGGAAUCGUUUAUAAUGGUAGGUGUUAUUACCAGCAAGGUACUUUAUAUUUAACUAGUGUUUAAAUUUAUUAAAUUAAAAUAUCUUGUGAGACACUUGAUCUUCAUUUCCAAGCUUCUGUUUCAAGCGAAACGAGAGCAUGUUAUUUUAUUAAGACUGAAAAAUAUUCCAGUUUUGUUUUUAUUGAUGAAUGUUUUCUUGUGAUUCGUCGUAAACCUAUCACUGUACCUUUAGUCCAAGUGUGAAUUCUUUCAGUAUACGUACUUAAUGUAAAUUAUGAUAGAAUUUAUAUUAGAUAAUGAUAAGUAAAUUAUAAUAGAUAACUCCAUUUUGUCUCCUGAAUCGAUCUCCUUAUAUCUAUUUUUUUAUAACUAGGACCUCUUUAGAAGCUAUAUCAUUUCACAAGCAAAUGAUAUCGUCUAGACAGGACCUAGUUACUUUGUGAUGCAUAGUUCUUUUCUAAUUUAUAUCUGCAAUAGAUAGUCUUGUUUGAAAUGAGACAUAGAGUCCAUCUCUACUGUCCAAUUUAUUAUAUUGGACUAUGUUAUGGAACUUAUGCCCUUUCUGAACAAGAUUUGACUAAUGUUUUAUCUGUAAAUUCUUCUUUUAUUUUAUGUCCUUCUAAACUAAAAUUUUAACUGUCAAUCAACUUGAACGAUUAACCACGACUAGUAUGACUUUUUGUUAAAUAUAUAAACUGCAAGCCGUGCAAUUGUAUUGUUUGAAAUAUAAAUCAUACAUGCUAUUUUAUUUGAUAUCUUACAAGAAUAACUUUCUUAUAAUAUGUCUCAUUAAAUAUGACAAAAAUCAUGUUUAUCUAAUUAGUAUAUAUAUUAAAUAGAAAAGUUACAAUACGUUUGUGGCUAUCGUUCAUUUUGACCUUAUCUUAUAUAUCAAGACUAUUUUUUAUAUAUAAUUUUACCUUUAAGAAAUUCAAUCCUUUAUUUCUUGUAGACUUUCAUUAUUUUACCUUAGCCUCUCUACGAUACGGUAGUUGUAGAUUUAUUAGUACAAACACAUUAAAAAAUGUUUAAAUUUAAAACUUGUUUUGUAAAAAAAACUCCCAGUGGUUUAAAAUUGUACUUACAUCGUAGGGAAGUUGGAGGAUUUAGACUUAGGUCGACAAAAUGGGUAUGGUAAUAGUAAAACAAAAUAAAUUACUAAGACAAAUUUUAUUGUGUAAUUACCUAUGUGAAAGAUGAACUGUUUUUAUUAUUUUUCAUUUUUAUUAUUUUUAUUUCAAUAAAUAUCCACGAUUUGUUAAUCAAAAA